AUGGACCGCCGGCAGAGAGCGGUCGCCGCGCUGCUGCUGGCGGCGGCGCUGGCCGCGUGCGCGGCGACGCCAGCGACGGCGGAGCACAAGAUCUACAUCAACUGGUUGUCCCACAACAACUACUCUGACUGGGCCAGGAGCCACGGGCCCUUCUACAAGGGAGACUAUCUCGUGUUCUACACGCCGGAGAAGCUGGACGUGGUGGAGGUGAACGAGCGCGGGUUCGACAGGUGCGACCCUAGAAACCCCAUCUACCGCUUCUCCGGCGGCCGUGAGAUCGCCAUCCUGCUCAGCGAGGCCAAGGUCUACUACUUCAUCUGCAGCGUCGGCGGGUACUGCCCCGACGGGAUGCGCCUCGCCAUCGAGGUCCAUGACAUGCCGCGGACGCCGGCCUCUGCACUCGACGACACAUUCGGCGCCGCGGUGGUGGAGAGCAGAGAUACCUCACCGGCGCCUGGACCCCGAGCGAGCUCGGAGGGUGAGAGCGAGGGGCAGGCACGAGGAAGCUACGACUCUGUUCGUUUGCUCGGGAGAAUGUCAAAAAUUAGGAGACAUGGUGUCAAACUCUGGUCUAGGACGGCGCCACAAGCGCGCUGGGCUGCGGCCCGGCCCGUAAAUUAGGAGUUCGUUGAGAAGAUACUCAUAUGACCAAAAUCAAAUGAUCUUCUCAAAUAAUUAGAUCAAAUGAAAAUAAGAGAACAAAUCUAAAAGUGCAA